UUGUUUAGUCUCAGGUUGAAAAGCCUGUGUUUCAGUGAGCGGGUUUACAGGAAACUCCCGCGGAUGAGUCACGUGCGUGUUUAUCACAGUUAUCACGGUUAUCGCGGUGUUUCUCCGGUACACGGGCGGACCAGCGGGAGUAUCCCGGUCCACAGCUCGCGCACAGCAUGCCUCAGCCCGGCUUCAGGGUUAUACCGGCCGCCUCUGCUCCGGUUCUUCUAUUUACCGCUGUUCUGAUCCACGCCUCGCCGGCCGGAGCGGCUCCUUCUCCGGGUUAUGGGACCGGGGCUGAACCGGUUUAUAUUGAUCUGGAUUUUUCGCGUGUGGACAGAAAAGUGGACGAGCGGUUUUUAUCCGUGUCUAUAGAUGCGAGUUUCAUGACCCAGGAGAAGUUCAUGUAUCUGCUCGGGUCACCAAAAUUAAGAACUCUUGCCAAAGCUUUGACUCCGGCGUUUUUACGGUUUGGAGGAACUAAACAAGACUUCAUGCGGUUCGUCCCACAGAGACAGUAUUCUCCAUUAAAAGACUACAGGACGAGCUCUUUCCAUUAUACAGGAAAUUCCUGUGAGAGAUUUGAGCUUCCUGAGCUGUUGGAGAAGAGUCUGAAGCAGGAAUGGGCUCAGCAGGCUCUGAUCUUAUACCUGGAGGAACAGCUGGGAAAAUAUAAACCGGUGAAUUUCUCUGAAAAUGCAGUUGACCUUCUCUACGCCUUCACGAACUGCUCUGGACUGGAUCUGAUAUUUGGGUUGAACGAGCUUUUCCGAACAUCUGACAAUGCCUGGAACAGUCAGAACGCUGAACUGCUGAUCAACUACUGUGAAUCCAGACAGUACAUCAUGUCCUGGGAGCUGGGCAAUGAACCCAACAGCUUUGAGAAGAAGGCAGGAGUUAGAGUAGAUGGUUACCAGCUGGGUCAGGAUUUCCUUCAUCUGCAUAAAAUUCUACAGGAAUCUAAACUCUACAGCUCGUCUGAUCUCUACGGACCAGAUAUCAGUCAGCCCCGAGAUCACCGCAAAGAUUUACUGACCGGGUUUUUAGAGACGGCAGCUGGAGCCAUUGAUGCCUGUACCUGGCACCAUUAUUACGUCAACGGUAGAGACACAUCUCUGGAGGAUUUUCUGGAUCCUGAAGUACUCGAUACUCUGGCUGUGAAAACUAAUGAGGUCCUCGAGACAGUGAAUUCUCUCUCACCUGGGAAGAAGGUGUGGCUUGGUGAGACGAGCUCGGCGUAUGGGGGCGGGGCCAUUGGCCUCUCGGACACUUUUGUUGCUGGUUUUAUGUGGCUGGACAAACUCGGACUUGCUGCCAGGCUGGGUUUAAACGUUGUAAUCAGGCAGGUUCUGAUUGGUUCUGGAACGUACCAUCUAGUGGAUGAUAACCUCGACCCUCUUCCGGAUUUCUGGCUGUCGCUGCUGUAUAAAAGGCUGGUGGGACCCGAAGUGCUGAAAAUUACAGCUGCCUCAAAAUCAGGGCAAAAUCUUCGGUUACGCAUCUACUCUCACUGCACUAACAAACACAGUUCGAGUUACAGACGAGGUUCGGUUACGAUGUUCAUCCUUAACCUAAGAAAAAAUCCAGCCACCAUCAGUCUCCCUGCUCAGCUCUUAAACAGCACUGUUGAGGCCUAUGUGCUUCAAGCUCCAGAACCAGGACUGGAGGGACUCAAAUCCAGGAGUGUCGCACUAAACGGAGUUGUGCUGAAGAUGGUGGAUGAACGGACGCUUCCUCCUCUUCGAGGAAUUAAACUUCCUGCUGGAAAACACCUCAAACUGCCUGGAUUCUCCUUCGCCUUUUACGUGCUGAAAGAAGCAGGAGCUCCUGUCUGCUGAUAAGGGCUGAUAAUAAACCCAGAAAAGUGGUUUAGCCUUAAUGUUGAACUGUAACGCACUUAUGCCAAAAAACACUGGACCAGUAAUGAUGUCAGUAUGUUUACAAUUUUUAAUCAGGGAUUAAUUUAGGAGUUUGAUAUAGGAGUCGGGCCAAAUGACAAUGUCGGGGACGAUGGAACUGAAACACCUGUCAUCAUUUUAGUGUGGGAUUUUAGGUUUCAUGGCUAAAUUGGAGCAGCAUGGUGUUCAAUCUUCAUUAAUUGCACAUUGCACCAGAAAGAGGGUGAAGACUGUGAAGGUUCUAUUAGCAGGGUAAGAGCACAGUUCUGCUCUAAAUAUUAUAUUGCAGUGAACACAACAUUAUGGGAGACAUACCAGAGUUCAAAAGAGGACAAAUUGUUGGUGCACGUCUUGCUGGAGCAUCUGUGACCAAGACAGCAAGUCUUUGUGAUGCAUCAAGAGCCACGGUAUCCAGGGUAAUGUCAGCAUACCACCAAGAAGCACCAACCACAUCCAACAGGAUUAACUGUGGAUGCUGUAAGAGGAAGCUGUCUGAAAGGGAUGUUCGGAUGCUAAUCCGGAUUGUAUCUUAAAAACAUAAAAGCACGGCUACAGCUUCCUUCUUAUGACAACAUUUACAGAGAUGUAGAUUUCAUUUUCUAGCAGGACUUGGCGCACUGCCCACUCUGCCAAAAGUACCAGUGGUCUUGCAUUAUAUUCAAAUUUUCUGAGACACAGAUUUUCUUUUUUUUUAUUGGCUGUAAGCCAUAAUCAUCAACAAUAAAAUAAAAAAUAAAUGCUUUAAAUAGA